AUGUUCGAGUGUAGGCUGGAUGGCAUGUUUUUCCGCCGCCUCUUCGAGGCGUUGCGUGAAAUCUGCAACGACAUCAGCAUUGACUGCUCCGACGAAGGCAUCACGAUGCAGGCGAUGGACAACAGCCACAUUUCGCUGAUCCACCUCUGUCUAGCGCCGGACUUCUUCCAGCUCUACCGCUGUGACACACCCUGCACCCUCGGCCUCAACAUAUCGUUUAUGCUCAAGAUUCUUGCGGUGGUGCGCGAGAAGAGCACGAUAUACCUCGCAAGGGGCGACGACACCGACGAUCCGGUGCUUUCUGUGCGCAUUGUUGACCCUGCUGGAGCAGGGGCCUAUGAAGACGUUGAGAACGAGGCUCUCGAGGCUCAGGUCAAACUCAUUGACGUUGAGCGCGAACACCUCGACAUCCCCAACUGCGAGUAUACCUGCCAAUGCGUGAUGAACUCCAAGCGGUUCCAGGAGUUCGCCAAAUACCUGCACUCCAUUGGAGACACGGUGGCCAUCUCUAUGAACAAGGAGGUCAUGAAAAUGGAAGCCGAGGGCGACGGAAUCAAGGCUUCGAAGUGCUUCCACAACGGUGUGGGCGAGGUGAGGGUCACGUCGUCGGAACCGUUGUCUCAAAUGUUCGCGACGCGCUACUUGGUGCUGUUCUCCAAGGCGACGGCGUUGGCACAGGAUGUAUCCAUCAACCUUUCGGCAGGAAUCCCACUGAGCGUCAAGUUCAACUUUGCGGACCCAAUGGCCAUGAAUGACGGCGAUUCUUUCAUCAACUUCUACUUGGCACCCAACAUCGAAGACUAA